GAUCAGAGUUUUGGAAUUCCCUCUCCAUAUAAACAGCAAAAAGUCUUGAUUACGCAUCAUUGUUCCUGAGCAUAUGAAGAAGACAGAGCUAUUGGAGUACAUGGAAGGGACAGAAGGAGGAGCUGUCAUUCUUAUGCACUGAGUCUUACCCAAGAUUCUCAAGAAGAGAAUGAGUGCCUCAAUCACAUUGCUUGGACUCUUUUUUGUUUUGCAAUUCACCUUCUCCAGUUCGGUCAUUUAUUAUACAAGUUCCAAAGGGAUAUGUGGGGAUAAAUGUGAUUAUCAUGGCCGUGAAUACACUUGGUGCAAACAAUAUGGUGGAAAUGGGAAAGAUUGGGACUAUUGCUCCUUAGAGGAAGGUCUGUCUGCUUCAGGCAAAAAAUGUGCCACAUCUUGUGAUGAUUCCAAGGGUUCAUACCAUUACUGCUACCAUGAAGAUGGAGGAUGGCAUUACUGUGGAUUGCACAGUUCUAUCAUUUUUUACACAAGUUCUGACGGGAUAUGUGCAGAUAAAUGUGAUUAUCAUGGCUAUAAAUACACAUGGUGCAAACAGUAUGGUGGAAAUAAGGCAGAUUGGGACUAUUGCUCCUUAGAAGAAGGUCUGGAUACUUCAGGCAAAACAUGUGACACAUCUUGUGAGUUUUUUGGGGAGUCCUACCGCUUCUGUUACUAUAAAGAUGGAGGAUGGCAUUACUGUGGAUUGCAGAAGAUGCAAUUUUUCCUUGAAUACUCCCAGGAAAACCAUAUAUGUAUCACAAACUGCAGAGCAAGUCAGGGUUCUUUCCAUUGUAAAACGAUCCAUGGUCGUCGACGCUGCUCUCCGUUUCAUGACAUAACUCCUACUGGCUUGCCUUGCCACAACAACUACCGUUGCGCUAAAUAUGGGCACUCCUCAUAUCGCUGCCUUGUUGAUGACAAAUCCUUGUGGGACCAUUGUGGACAAAAUAGCUUGGAUGGGUGUGUUUGGGUUACCUAUGAGAGCAAUUUUUCCCAAGUAGAGGCCUGCACACUUUCCGACAUCCUGAAGGAACGCAAAGUCUUCCUCCGCAGAGAAAGGCGAGACAACAUGCUCCCUCCUACCAAGGAGGAAUUCAAAAAUGCUGUCCACUUUAUUGAUAAAAUUGGGUCAUAUUUUCCGGGUCCUUGGGAAAGCAUUAAUUUCUAUAAACAGAAAGAUAUAUUCUGCAAGGGUAUCAAUUACACCAGUGUGGAAUUGCACAUAAAAUUAUCUGAUGAAAUCACAGAGCCCAUUGCACAUGUUGUCUUCCCAAAAUUUCGAAACUCUGCUCAUCUAGUGCGCCAAGCAUUUUACACUAGUCUCCACAGCACUUUUUAUCCACCUGCCUAUACCAUUGCUGUGUCUUUUGAUGAGCCAAUGUUAUGUUCUACAUACCAUCGGUAAUGAAUUGGCCUGAUCAUAUUGGUUGUAUAUCUCAUAGUGAUUUAUAUUUGACAUCUGUGCAGUUGCUGCUUUGCCAUACUGUAAUAUCACCACUGUAUUUACCAGUAUUUGUGUAUGCUUUCAUUUCUGCUUCCCUUACUACAAUGUUAUGUGCAGCGUUAAAUCUUUUAGUUGUUGGGCUAGAUCCAACUGCAGAUGUCAUCAAGUAACGAUCUUCAGUUAUGUUCAUAAGUAUGCAUUACUGACACCUGUAACUAUGCUAAAAAGACAACAUAUAAUAUAAUGCAUACAGUGAGUCUUUUUAUAAUUUCCUGCCUUUUGGGGGGUAUCUUUUGUAAUCACUUCUCAUGAAAACUAUCUGACAUUAAUGGAAUUAAUAAAAACCUACUAUUGUAAUAUGUAACUGACUACUGUAAGGUCUUAAUAAAUCUGUUAUU